AAUAUCCUCUUCCUCCUCCACUUUCUCCGCCCCCAGAAGCAACUCCAGCCGACCCCCAAAUUUCCCUUCUCUCCCCCGCCGACGUCCCCAACCUCACCAACUCCGGCCAGAUCGGCGGCCCUCCCGACCUCGCGCAGCCCCUACCGCACCCCGCCUCCCUCCUCAGCCCUCCCGCACCGCCGCCCGCCCCAAACCCUAGCCAUUCCGCACCGCGAGGUAUCCGCUCCCUGUACCUCUAGCGUUAACACUUUUGGUUUCGGGGUGGCGUUGGGCUGUGUAAAUGCGCGGGUCAGCCCCGGCCAUGGGGGAGGCUCCGGGUUCUGGGCGGGCUGGCCCCUCCCGCGCCACCCGGUCGCAAAACCCUAGCCACGACGACGACGAGGCCGCCGCGGCGGCGGCGCGGCGGGUCAAGGACGAGAUCGCCGACGAUCUCAACGCCGACCCCGCGGAGGACGACGACGACGAAGAGGAGGAGGCCCUCGCCAACUCCGACUCGGCCCCCCUCAACUCCAACUCCUCCAACUCCGACGGCGCCGGCGGAGCCGACGACUUCGCGCCGCGCACGCUGGAGGAGGCGCUGGUGCCGCGGGUGGGCACGGUGUUCGACUCCGUCGACGAGGCCUUCUCGCUCUACAAGGCCUACGCCUUCCGGGCGGGCUUCCACGCCGUGCGCCGCACCUGCCACAACUACGAGGGCGUCCGCUACCGCUCCACCUUCGCCUGCACCCAGGCCGGCAGGCCCGCCGCCCCGUCCGAAGCCCCAGGCGCCCGCUACCCGCUCCGCAGCAAGCGCGGCAAUGGCAAGCGGCCCCGGCGCGCCGCCGCCGAGAAGACCGGGUGCAAGGCGAUGAUGAUCAUGCGCGACAAGCGGGUGGACGACAAGUGGAAGGUGGAGUUCGUCGACCUGGAGCACAACCACCCCUGCGCGCCCGACAUGGUCAGGUUCCUCAAGGCCUACCGGGAGUUGCCGGAGUCGGCCAAGAGGAAGGCCAGGAUCACCGAUGAGAUGGACGAGACGGUGGAGAAGUCGCUGAGCGAGAUCGCCGAGACCAGGAAGUUCCCCACUCGCCCCAAGCGCAGCGUCAGUGCUGGCGGGCUGAGGUGUAGCAGAACCGACGGUAUCGCGCAGCGCUUCGGGGAAGAUGACCUCGCUGCACUCAAAAAGUUCGUUGAGACCAUGCAGGAGAAGAAACCAAACUUUGUUCACAGCUGGGAUCUUGAUCAGGAGAGCCGCCUGAAGAACUUCUUCUGGGCAGAUACGAGGUCUCAGGCGCAGUACCGCUACUUUGGCGACGUCGUGACGCUUGAUGUGAUGUACUUGCAGCACUCUCGUGGCAGCCUCCCUCUGGUCACGCUCCUUGGGGUGAACAACCAUGGCCAUCUCGUGCUGCUUGGCUGCGGUCUGCUCUCCAAGGACAGUAAAGAGAACUAUGUUUGGUUGCUCAAGAGGUGGCUGAGCUGCAUGAAUGGCAAGCCACCAGAGGCGAUUACGACCAGCUAUUCGGAUGCCGUGGCGGAGGCUGUGGCUGAGGUGUUGCCAGGUACAAGGCACCGUUUCUGCUUUUGGCAUAUCUUGAGGAAGCUCCAAGAGAACGUGGGACGUAUGCAUGAGAAAGAGGCAUUGUCUUCCAAAUUCAAGGAGGUUGUUUAUGACACAGUCACUCUGACCGACUUCGAGAAAGAGUGGGUUGCCAUGGUUGAGCAUUACAAGCUCAAGGAUAAUGAAUGGUUCUCCGCACUGUACAGCUGCCGGAAGCGGUGGGCUCCUGGUUUUGUCAAUCAUUCGUUCUGGGCUGGCACAUCUGCUAUCAGGAAGGUCGAAAAACCAGAUCCAUACUUUGAUGGUGUCGUGACAGCUAAAACUACCUUGCCAGUUUUCCUCGAGCAAUAUGAGGCCACGCUCAAAGGCAAGCUGGAGAGGGAAGCAUAUGAUGAUCUGCGCUCAUAUUAUUCUAGGCUCACUUUGCUCUCAGGAUUGCCAUUUGAGGAGCAGCUGGUGGAACUCUACACAGUACCCAUGUUUCAGGCAUUCCAAGAUGAGAUCAAGCAAUUGAUGCAUGUGAUCUGUAAAGAGGUGGACAGGAGUGGGAAUUCAGUCACCUACAUGGCCAGUGAGUUAAUACAGGGCAAGAAGAUUGACUUCACGGUUGUCUACAAUAAUUCUGACAAGGAUGUUUGGUGCAUUUGUCGCUCCUUUCCAUCACGGGGCAUUCUUUGCAGCCAUGCUCUGUCUGUUCUGAAGCAAGAGAAUGUGUUGAUGCUGCCAUCAAAGUUCAUCCUUGACCGCUGGAGGAAGGAUUUCAGAAUACUUCCCAUGCCUGCAAGCUGUGACUCUGCAAGAGAUUUGAGCAUUUUUGAUGAUCUCUAUGUGCGUGGCCAUGAAUGUUUAGAAGAUGUUAUCGACAUUGGGGCUAGAGAGCCUGAGUUAAAGGAGUUUGUGUUGUCAGUCAUGAGAGAAGCAAAGGGCAAACUAGUUAGGCCUGUCCAGACCCAGCAAGGUGAUCAGCGGGUUGAUGUAAAUAUGUCGGUAACUGGUCAGCCUGCUGACAGAAUAGUUGAUGAGAACAUGACAUCAAACACCACAUCUGUCAUUCAUGGGGACAGAAGGGUUGAUGCAAAUAUGACCUUAAACACAAGAGCCCUGGCUCAUGAGGAUAAUCUGACAUCAAACACUACAUCCCUGAUUCACGGGGACAGAAGAGUUGAUAUGGAAAUGCAAACACCCCACCUUAUCCACAGAGAGGGAAGACUUGACAUGAACAUGGCAUCCCCUCACUUGAUGCAGAGGGAUAGAAGAGUUGACAUAAAUAUGGCGGUGCCUCACCUGAUACAGGGGGACAGAAGAGUCGACAGGAACCUGGGGUCACCACACUUUAUACAAAGUGACAGAAGAGUUGAUAUGAACAUGGCAUCGCCACACCUGAUACACAGGGACGUGAGAGUUGAUAUGAACAUGGCAUCGCCACACCUGAUACACGGCGACAGAAGAGUCGAUAUGAACAUGGCAUCGCCUCACCUGAUACAGGGUGACACCAGAGUGGAUAUGAACAUGGUAUCCACUGCUCAGGAUGACGGGAUGCACACUUUCGAUUUGAUGAACGUAAACCUCGAGAGUGGCUCUUUGCCAAUGACUGCAACAGAUUUCAUGCAAAUGCAUCAGCACCCAGCAGUUUACAAUCCCAAACAACUUCUCAAUAUGAGAGAUCAGGUGAUGGACUCAAAUAAGAGACCCAAUGUGGAAACCAAUACUUAUUUUAUGGGAGGUGGAAUGCAUGUGGGGUAGUUUAAUUGUCUACAGCUGUAACAUUUUAUGUACGGAGAGGAGACGACCUUAUUGUAUGUUGAUACGUACGUUCGUAGAGCAGGCAGUGCAACUAAUCAUCUAGUUUGUACUAACUGCAGAUCAAUCAUUGACUGCUGGGCCGGUAGCUCUCUUGUACCGUUCUUUCUGUUUGGAGUUGUAGCUAGCUACUUGGAUGGCAUUGUUCUGUGCAUAUUGUUGAUAGAUAGUAAUAAUCUUUGCCAUCUAAUUUU